GUGCCUAACUGGAGCCAUAUGACCUUAUCAACACAUUUGAGAAUUGUACCGAAACACUGACAAACACUCUGGUGCAAUAAUGUCUGUCAUAGAGGAAAAUCGCCCUUUUGCCCAGCAACUAUCCAACGUCUACUUUACUAUACUUUCACUUUUUUGUUUUAAACUUUUUGUGAAAAUCAGCCUUGCCAUUCUCAGUCACUUCUACAUUGUAAAGGGGAACCGUAAGGAGGCAGCAAGGAUAGCUGAUGAAUUUUAUGGAAUUCCUCAAGGGCAAGGUUCUUGGGCAGAUCGUUCACCACUGCAUGAGGCAGCCAGUCAAGGACGUCUCCUUUCUCUAAAAACUUUACUGUCACAGGGUUACAAUGUGGACACUCUGACAAUUGACCAAGUCACUCCACUGCAUGAAGCCUGCCUAGGAGAUCAUGUAGGAUGUGCAAGAAUCCUUCUUGAAGCAGGGGCAAAUGUAAAUGCUACAACAAUUGAUGGAGUAACCCCAUUAUUUAAUGCAUGUUCAAGAGGCAGUGCAUCUUGUGCAGAGCUUUUGUUGGAGUAUGGUGCCAAAGCUCAGUGGGAGUCCUGUCUCCCUUCACCGACUCACGAAGCAGCCAGUAGAGGUCACAGUGAAUGUCUGGAAGUUCUGAUCUCCUGGGGCAUAGAUGUUGACCAAGACAUUCCCCAUCUGGGAACACCUCUAUAUGUAGCUUGUGUUUCACAGCAGAUCCAUUGCAUUCGAAAACUUCUUUAUGCAGGCGCUAAUAUACAGAAAGGAAAGUAUUUGGACACUCCACUACAUGCGGCGGCUCAGCAACCCAGUACAGAGAUAGUAAAUUUACUUCUUGAAUUUGGGGCCAACAUUAAUGCCAAGAAUACAGAUUUUGAACGGCCCAUAGAUUUAGCUGCCCCAAGCAGUUUGGUGGAGAGAAUGUUGCUUCUGCAUGAAGCUACCCCAUGCUCUCUUUGCCAACUCUGCCGACUAUGUAUCCGAAAUUGCAUAGGAAGAGCAAGACUGCAUCUUCUCCCCCAACUUCAGUUGCCAACAAUAUUGAAGGAGUUUUUACAGUAUAGAUAAAAUAGUGGCUAACCUUUAGAAACUUGAACAAGUACUGUUUUGUCUGUAUGCUGAAUGUUCACAUGAAGAACUUCUGAGGAAAUAGUCCUUUACAUAUUACUAUACUAAGUCUUUGACACCAGGAGUCGUGAUGUAACAAUAUUUGGGAGCCCUUGAACGACUCGGUGCCAAGGUGCUAAUACAACUGAGUAAAAUGAAGUGUGCUAAUACCCUGGGAAAUGAUUGUAUAGCUAGCUUUAGCUUAACACUUACUAACUAGCUAUUUUGCUGAUAAGUUAAUUAAUUGUAUUUGUACGUUAUAAUCUGUUUGAUGCAUCUGAAACCUCACAGAGUUCCUUUACAAGUAUUGUUGAGUUUGUCAAUUUGGAUUUAUUAUUGUAUAUUUGUAAAUGUCUGUUAUUUGUGUCUAGAAAUACACGACAAUAGGUGCACUCUAUAAGUUGGAAAAAUAAAUAGGUCUCUCAAUUUUUCUUUCUUGCUUUCCCUAUAUAGGCAAUUCAUAAAUGACAACUGAUGAGAACUCAUUUCAACCCCCUCUUCCCCUUUCCCCAGCACACAGUUUUAGAACAAACAAGUAUAUGAAGAGGUAAAGUGAUUUCCCCCUUCCUCUCCAACACCACUUCCACUGCCACAGUUAAUUGGAGACCCAGAAGCCCUAUUUUUUGGCAUAACCCUGAAAAGGAACCAGAAAAUGUCUUCACAUCAACAGCACUUUUUCCUGACCUUGAUCCUACCAUUGGCUCCUCUGCUAAUGACUGGAAUACUAAGUCAUGUAAUGGGCACUCUAGACCCUAGUGCUCUGCCUUUUGCAGGAGAUGGUGAGCAAGCUGACUCUUCUGCUUGUACCAUUGCCAGUAUGCCAUAAGAGCCAUUUGUUCUGGACAGUGGCCAAACUCAUUUCCUUCAUAAUCACCAGUCAUUUGUUUCAGUCAGUGUUUCAGUCAGCGGCUUCAUCGUGGCAUUGAGCUUCUAAGAAGCUGGUUUCAUGCCAAUGGUGUCCUCUGUGAAGACCCAGUGGCUAGUAUGCCCAAGGUUGUGGUGAUCUUGAUGAUACAACUCUGUAUGUCAUCCUCACUAAUCACAAAGGUGUAUAAUGGUUUGUGGGUGAGCCUGCAUUUCAGACAGGUAAUACUACGUUUUCCUGGGCUCAGAGGGUUGCAUGGACAGUAUUGGCAUCUCUAGGGCAAGCUUGGCUCUCCUCCUCAAGAUAUACCAUCCUAGCAUGGUCAGAUGUUGUGUUCCCUUAUUUGUCUCAAGAUAUACCAUCUCCCUUAUCUCUCCACUCUCCCUGCUAGUCUCCUAUUUCCUCUGUCCCAACCCUUCUCCCCAAGGCCCUUAUAGCAACUGUUGCUUGGUUGCUAUCUUGCUGGUUUGCUCUCUAAUAGAUUCACUCUCACUCAUACUCUCCUGCGUCUUUGGUUGUUUAAUCAGAAUGGACUUAUGAUCCCACUUAUGCAGAACAAAUGAGUGGCUAGACUACUGAAUAGUAGAAACUGAACCUGCUGACUUAGUCAAGCCUGUGGCUUUUGAAAACCUAAACUAAGCAGAUGGCUCCUUAACCGUGUCCUGAUACUAACCUCUUGUAUUAUUCAGGGCAUUUGGGCCUGACUAGCAAGCUGUUCUGAAAAUGCAAGUCCCAAUUAGGCAACAGCCACUUGCCUUCUGCAACCUUUGAAAAUUUUGGCAUAAAUCUUUAGAGAGUGAAAACAGCUAAUCUUAAUGCAAAAUAUUGACAUUACAUUGUAAUAAUGAAACAAAAGCACCACACAAAGUUUUCUCUAAAUCUCUUGGAUUAAUCAUACCUUAGUAUUUUAAAUUUAAUAAAUUAUACAGAGUAUGGGCCCUAUUUGUAAAGGAGAAACAAAAUGAUUCCUUCUACAAAAAGUCAUUUUUCAAUUUGGAUGCCUGUUUGUAAAUAUUCUCUUUGCUCUUCGACAUUCAGAAUGUGUCCACAGUACAUGGAAUGAAUCACAGAAAAACACUGUAACACAUUCAUUCAUAAGACGGUAAAACAUCUUAUAUUAAAAUUAAUCAGUGACAGGGGUAAAAUUUUUGAAAGCAGCCAAAAGACUGUCAGUGUGACAUAGGCUUCUUGCUGCUUGUAAAAGUUUUAUCCUAGGACACUUUAAAAUGUUUUAAUUUCACUGUUUCUAAUAAUUUAAACAAAAGCACUUAACCUCAUCCAAAUAACACAAAAUUCCAUCUCUGAGGAAGAUUCAAAGGCACGCUAGCCACAAGGUAAAAAUUAAAAAGCUGUUCCAUGCAGGAUUCAUCUCCACUCAGGCUUUUCCUUCUCACCUAUGAAGCUGUCUGAUUAUCUUGCCUUGUCCCUGUAACCUGACAUGAAAGGGGGAAAAAAAAACCCAUCAUCCCCAACAUCUGUUCCGAAUGUAUAUUUUUUGAAUUGCCAUUUAUGCUCCUUUAUCACAUUAUCUCUUUUGGAAUGAAAAUACAGCUGUUCCUCAAAGCAACACUGUAGUCUGGAUCCCCAAAAAAGAAAAACAUGAUGAGUGCUGUACCCUCUUCUUAUUGUCUCUUUGAAGUGUCUGUUUGGAUUAAAUAGACAAGAGGAAUGUUGCUUUCCUCUUUUCAAAA